AUGUCUAUAGGUGUGCGUCAUGUGCCCCCCAAGGCUUUAUUUGCCAACUUGCAGCAGCUGAAGACCUACAGCCAGGGCCAUAGUGGUACAGCCAGGGCCAAAAGAUACCAAAAGGGUGAGGAGACUGGCCAACUCAGUGGAGGGUUGAGGGUGCUGAGCAUUUGUUCUGAGUCGCCGCAGUGCCAAGGUGGCGACGUGUCAGAGCUUUGUUUGAACUUUGUCGCCACGGAUGGCGAAGGCAAGGAGGUGCCCUUGCUACCCAAUGGUCAAGAGAUGCCAGUGACCGUGGAGAACCGAGAGCUCCACCAGGCAUCCGCCGCCUUCCUCGCGGGUUUCCGGAGCCUCAUCGAUGAGAAGUGGCUCUCCAUGCUCAGUGAGCAUGAGCUACAGCAGGUCAUCAGUGGCUCCAGCGGAGGGUCGUUGGAUGUGGAUGACUUGCAGCGUCACACGGAGCUCUCCAACUGCAGCGGUCACCGAGAUCGCAUGGUGAAGGAUUUCUUCACAGCCCUGCGUGCCAUGAAGCCAGAGCAUCAAGUCUUUGGAGCAACUUCUGAGGCAGAGUUGACCAGCACAAAUCCCUUGACAUCCGUGGAUGUGAAACUCUUGCGUUUCGUGACCUCGUGUUCUCGUGCGCCCUUGCUGGGUUUUUCACAUCUCCAGCCGCCCUUCACGCUGCACAAGGUGCACAUCCGCAGCGACUCGGAAAAGUUGCCGACGGCCUCAACGUGGAAAGUCAUGAAGGAGAAAUUGGAGUUUGUGAUUGUUCAGGUCUUGGUGGCUGCCCUCGAAUUGGCGGGCGUUGCGCAGGAGGAAGAUGCAGCCACCUACCGCGCAGCCUACGAGGAGGCCAAGGAAGCAGGCGUCGAUGAGAGGAAGCUGUCCGAGGCAGAGGACCGGGACCGGCCGAAGACGUCCACGGAGCUUAGCCGCGGCAAUGGUAUGUUAGGUGUUUUCAAGUGGGCUUGGUGCUUUCAAGUGAUGGUGGGUUGA